AUGGCGGAAAAGGAGGCACUUGAACAAGUGCGAAAAGUUGCUUACGUGAAUGACUUGCGGAUCCUUGUGGCCUCGGCGGAGGAAGCGGCCGAGUACGAGGAAGUGGAUGUCGACAAAGGAUACAGAAUCCUGCCGGAUAUGAAGUUCAGUAGCGAUAAAGCCUAUCUCUACGUCAUUUCAACCAGGACGGCGUCGAAGGUGAAGGUGGAAAGCUGCUCCUCCUACACAAAUUGCUCCUCCUGUUUGAGGGCCAGGGACCCCUACUGCGGGUGGUGCUCGUUGGAGAAAAGGUGCACAGUCCAGAGCGCUUGUCAGAAGGCCACUUUCUCCUCCCCACGAUGGCUGAGUUUCGGAUCCGGCCAACAGUGCAUAGACUUCGAAAUGAUCCUUCCCGAUCGCCUGCCCAUCGACCACGAUGCCACGGUCCAGCUUACCAUCCGUACCCUGCCGGAGCUGCCCGUGGGCGCGAAGUACCAAUGUGUGUGGGGAACGGCGCCUCCUGAAGAUGCCCUCGUGACUCCCAGCGGCCUUCGGUGCAUGACUCCCCCCCACUCCCACCGCCCUGCCAUAGGUACCCACCGGGACCACGUGCUGGUGCCUCUCGCUGUGAGAUCCAGCGAGACCAAUAAGGACUUCGUCUCCCGGAACUUCGCCUUCUACGACUGCAGCAGGCACAACACCUGCGGCACGUGUGUCAAGAGCGACUGGGCGUGCAACUGGUGCAUUUAUGAGAACACCUGCACGCACAAUACUUCUGCCUGCAGGAGGACUGUCAUCUCUGGGGAAAACAAUCCAGCGCAACUAGCCUCCCACGGCACUGGGUUUUGCCCAAAAUUUUGGUCGGGCCAGAACAAGUUGCUCGCGGCGGAUGGAGCCAAGUCCGAGUUGCACCUCCUGGUCGAGAACCUGCCCUCGCCGAGGGUCGGUCAGUUGGGAUUCCAGUGCGUCGUCAGCAUAGAGGGCGCCACCAUGCUGGUCGGCGCUCGAGUCGUCACCGAGGACGAAGAGUCGGCGGAAGAAAUCGAGGGCGGAGGAAGCGGCAGCCUCUCCACCACCAUCACGAGUCGCUUCUACCACCUGAGGGUUCAGAAGGUCGUGUGCGAACCGACGGUCUAUCGGUACGAGUCCACGGAGGGCGAGUACGAGGCGCGAGUCACGCUCGUCUGGAACAGGGAGCACGUGGUAGACGCUCGACCCCUGACGCUCUACAAGUGUGGAGUCCUGGGUUCCCACAGGGGACACCAGGACUGCUCGUUGUGCGUCACUAGGCACCCGAGGUACAGGUGCACCUGGUGUGGUUCCGCUUGUAUGUACGCCCCUCACUGCCCCAAUAAACCGGCCUUGCCCGCGGUGGCAUCCUCGUCUUCGGCGAGUGCCACACUACCGACGGGGCUGGAUGAAUUGGACGCGGAAAUUGAGGGGAAUGAAGCUCUGCUCGGCCAGUGCCCGACGCCCAGAAUUGAUAUGAUCCAGCCAUUAUCCGGUCCCCUGGAAGGCGGCACCUCAGUCACCAUCGAGGGUAGCAACCUUGGCCUGCGGGAGGAAGACGUACGGAAUAACGUGUUCAUCGGAGACGUGCCCUGCCGCGUGCACGAGUACCACGUCUCCGUGAAGAUCGUUUGCAGGACCGGUCCGGCCCCUGUUCACGGCGGUUCCUCUGGGGCCCAGGAGCUCCACUUUCCAGUGAGCGUCUCCACGCCUGCUGGAACCACCACGUCGAACGUCAAGUUCACUUACACUAACGUGAGCGUUACGGAAGUGUGGCCGAAGAAAGGACCCGUAUCGGGCGGCACUGUCCUCUCCAUCAGCGGGCACUACCUGAACGUCGGCUCCCACGUCUCGGCGUCCCUGGACGGCCUCCCCUGCGUCGUCAACAAGACGCAGUCGUCAUCCCAUCGGCUGGUCUGCAUCACCUCGAGGGCGAGUUCGUUGGUCCACACCAACGGCGAUAAAGAAAGCGGCAACCUGCCACUGACUGUGCACCAGUUGAAAGUGACGGUGGACAGCGCCAGUCGCGUUCUGGAAACACCCUUCACCUAUACCCCUGACCCGAAAGUCUUGGAACUGAAGCCUCUGCGAAGUCCUUGGAGCGGCGGUCGCCUCCUGACGGUGCACGGCACGCAUCUGGACGCCAUCCAGGCACCAAAAAUCACCGUCCUCUUGCACGACCGUAUCCUAAAUUCUUCCGAGUGCCGAGUGCUGGCACCGGGUCAGAUGGAGUGCCCUUCCCCUCCCGUGGAUCGCUACGUGCUGUUCGCAAUUCUGAGGGAGAGGCGGCACGCCAUUCCCCCGGAGUCGCAUGUCGCUAUGGCGGAGGCUAGAACCUCCCACAAAGUGUCCAGGUCCCCUCGACAGAAUUACGGCGAUUCCUACUCACUGGACGUCGGCUUCAUCAUGGACAACGUGCAGACAGUACGGAAUCUGAAGCACGUCUUGCCGUCCUCAGCCCGAGCGUCACUUCUGUACGUGCUCGACCCGACGUACAAGAAAUUCCCCAACAGCAUCAAGCUUUACAAGGGCGACACUCUCGUCAUUGAGGGGGAGAACCUCAACUUGGCCAGCGACGAGUCUGACGUCAACGUAACCAUUGGCACUCAGAAAUGCAAUGUGACCUCUCUGGCGCUGACCCAGCUCGUCUGCACCCCACCUGAGCACCAGCCCCCACCCACGGACGAAUUAGGUCGCUCGACGGAUGUCGACCUUCCCUUGGUGGUUGUCAAAAUGGGGCAGAAUCUUCGGUACCCGAUUGGUCAUCUGAGAUACGAAAUGAUUAAGGAGUAUCAGUUCCCUCCGGAGGCCAUCGGUGGGAUGGCUGCUGGCGGUCUGUUUCUGGUGCUGGUGUCGAUGGUCAUUCUGGUGGUCUAUCGCAGGAAGAGCAAUCAAGCAGAACGUGAAUACAAGAGAAUCCAAAUACAGAUGGAUACCCUGGAGUCCAACGUCCGAUCCGAGUGCAAGCAAGCCUUCGCCGAACUCCAAACGGACAUGACCGAUCUGACGGCGGACUUACAGUCUUCCGGGAUCCCGACCCUGGACCAUAGGAGUUACGUCAUGAAAGUCUUCUUCCCCGGGGUGACGGACCAUCCGAUUCUGAUGGACCCUAAACUACGAAUGAACGGGUGCCGCCCGGCUAUGGAGAGCGCUAUGAUACAGUUCGAGCAGCUACUGACUAAUCGAUACUUCCUCCUAGCACUCAUAGAAACCUUAGAGGCCCAGAAAACGUUCAACAUUCGAGACAAGGUGAACGUGGCAUCACUGCUGGUGGUAGCUAUGGCAGGUCGCAUGGAAUACCUGACGGAGGUUCUUCGCCUUUUGCUCCUCCGUCUGAUCGACAAGAGCGUGGCCACGAAGCAUCCGCAGCUCAUGCUCAGGAGAACGGAGAGCGUCGUCGAGAAAAUGCUCACGAACUGGAUGGCUUUGUGCAUGUACACUUAUCUGAAGGAGCAAGCGGGUCCGUCUCUGUUCCUCCUCUUUAAGGCCAUCAAACACCAGGUGGAGAAAGGGCCCGUAGAUUCCGUCACCCACGAUGCCAGGUACUCCCUAUCGGAGGAGAGACUUCUGCGGGAGCAGAUCAACCACACAUACGUCACUAUCCACUUGGUCCGGGAUGAGCCACAGUACGAGAAGAUUCCUUACUCCAGUCCACAAUCGGUGGCAGUGCUGGGCGAGGAUGGCGAGAAGGCCCAGUGUCGCGUGCUGGAUUGUGACACCAUCACUCAAGUGAAAUCCAAGAUAUUGGAUGCUUUGUACCGUAAUACUCCUUACUCCCUCCGACCGUCCGUCCACGAGGUCGAUUUAGAAUGGCGCCAUGGUCGUAAUGGUCACCUGAUCUUGGCUGACGAAGACAUGACUACAAAACCUGAAGGGAGCGGUUGGCGUAGACUUAAUACCCUGGAGCAUUAUGGUGUCAAAGACUCGGCACUGAUGGCAUUAGUGCCCAGACCCCAUGAUCACCAUACCCUCAAUAAUGCUAAUUGCAGUACGAAGUGCAAUAAUUGUGCCGGUUACGGAACAACUGGUAGUCCAGUUAGCCACUGUGGAGACGUUGAAGCUUCCUCUGUGGAGCCCAACGUGUACCACUUAGUCAAGCUUGUCGACCACGACUCUCCCUGCAGAGGCGCCGAGAGAACCCAUAAAGCCAUCCCCGAAAUUUUCCUCACAAGACUCCUUUCAACAAAAGGCACCGUCCAGAAAUUUGUAGAUGAUUUCUUCAGAACCAUCCUUACCCCUAACGAGACCCUGCCUCCUGCAGUGAAGUGGUUGUUCGACUUCUUCGAUGACUCUGCCAGGAGACAUGGCAUCGUCGACCCCGAAGUGGUACUGGCUUGGAAGUCUAACAGCCUACCAUUACGCUUCUGGGUGAAUUUCAUCAAGAACCCGGACUUCAUUCUAGAUGUCUACAAAAGCCCCACAGUUGAUUCGUGUUUGUCCGUCAUUGCCCAAACCUUCAUGGAUGCUUGCUCAACGACCGAGCACCGCCUUGGAAAGGACUCGCCCUCCAACAAGUUGCUCUUUGCCAAGGAUAUGCCUCAGUAUAAGGCAACUGUAAGGGCAUUUUACCAAGGUAUCCGUGCCAUGCCUCCCGUUACAGACCAGGACAUGGCUGCCUUCCUGCACCACCUAAGUCUUACGCACUUAGGGCAGUUGGAUGCUAAACCGGCUCUCCAAGAACUUUUCCAGUCUUACAUUACUAGAUAUUACGGACAAAUAAUAGAGAAUCUCGAGGUAGAUAUCGAGUGUAGAAGUUUACAUUUAGCACAUAAAUUGGACAAUGUCAUGUGCACCUUAAAUGGAGAACCAACAUCCAUGUGCUGAGACUGAAUGAAACCCCAGGCCGUUUAUAUCGAAUGGUUUCGCCUCGGAAGCUCUCACCACACAUGUGCCAGUUCUCUGUAGUUGCCUUCUGUAUGACUUUAUUCUCAUUGCUGUUAAAUGCCUAGUUCCUAGCCAAAGAAUAGGUGUAUGAUGAGUAGAAAAUAAAAAGAACUAAUGUGGUGGAUUCGUUGUUAUACAUUUCAAAACAAGAAAGAAAAGAUCAUAGCACUGCAUGAGUCCUUCCAGUUAUUGUAUUCAACGACGACUGUUUAUUAUGUGGAAUUGUGUAUAUGUGUUUAAUCAGCUGUACUUAAUCAAAUGUCUGUGAUUUUAAAGCGUAGAGCAUUCCAGUCUUUGCGGGCUCCUUAAGAGCGCCGCACUACGUGCUGGAGUCUUGAUUUUUACUAUUUUGUGCCUAACUCAUGGUGCGGGUGAUUGAACUUACUCUCAGAAUCACAACAGGUGUUUUGAUGGUUGACGCGUGACACCGGAAGUGAUCAGUCGCCCAUGCUUUAGAGGAUAACCGUGGACAAGUUAUACUAGACGAUCUGACUAAGAUUUCACGUGGAGUAUCGAACUUCAUUGUUAAACUGUGAGGAAAUAUAAGAGAUAGAAUUGUUGUCUGCAGUAGUACUAGAUCUGAAAUGUUUUUACUGAACUUGGUUUCCUUCUAUCUGUCCCAAAAAUAAAGCAGCCGGUCAAUCGAUAUAAUGCCUAUUGCUUCAGUUAGGUCGAAUGACAUACAAGUUAGAAGACAGAACAGCACGCACUUUUACUUUUUACUGAAUCAUAGAGACAUUGACUACUAUUAUUAUUUUUAAUAUUACUACUGAUUGUUAUAUCAUUAUGCCAUUUGAGUGUCCAUGAUUUACAGCCUACAAGACUUUUAAUACAAGUUAAACAAAAACUUUCAAUAUAGCCUGUCUUUCAGUGUAUAAUAGUUUUUGCAGAUGGUGUGGAAAAAAAUUAAAAUUAAGAAAUGAGUGGGUCGCUAUUGUUGUUGUGAAAACAACAAGUGAAUUUGGUGCACAAAAUAGUUGACUUCAUAGCAGCAGUUAACCACGGGGAAACAAAAAACACAUUCCAAUGAAAACUACAAACUGUUGAAGCUCGCUUGACUCCAGAGCAGUUGUAAUGUUGUUAUAUAAAUCUUCGGAAAUGUGCUAGAUAUAUAUCAAUGUUACAUGUACGUGUGGUUUUGUAUACAGUGAGAAAGCAAAUCAAACAAAGUUUUAAAUAGCGUAGAAAGAGCUAACCAGCUGUAAACACAAACUUCAAUAACGUGAAGACGCUGUUGUUCCCCGGAAGUGGCAGUUUAUAAAAGAAAGCUGUAACCAUUAUUGCUGCAACUUGGUGCAAAUACAAAAAUGUUCGUCCUGUUUCUUACUCUGUCACACACUGUAUCUCAUUCUGAUGCUACUUCAAAGCUAGUCAUCUUUGUCCACGUAUCGGGCUUAAGGUAUUCCACCAGUUUCACGGAUGCAGAUUCAUUCAUAUAUAUACCUUCAUAUAUAGACAUACGAGUUAAUGAUGCUAAGUCACUGCUAAAAUUAAUCACAUUUAAAGAAUUAAAAAAAAUGUAUCGCAAGAAUUUUUGUUUUCAAAGCUUUGUCCACUUACGUGUGAAAAUCCUUGAAACUGUUGAUGUACUAUAUGCUACACGUUCCAACACUUUUUCACACAUUAGCUAUAUUUUUUAUUUUUGAUCGUAGCCAAGAGUAAAACCAUACCAUUUUUUCAAAUGGCCCGUAGAACAACCCCUCAGCUCAAAGAAACUAUGACCAGUACAUCAUUCAGUGUUUUCCUCCGCAGCUCAGAGCAUUUCUUCUACAUUACUGAAGACGCCUUACAUGAAUAAACCUAGUCAGGAAAGUGUUACAUAGACUACCAGCCCAACCGUGUUAAAGUUAACCCGCCCCUUUCUUCAUUUCUUGUAAGCAUUUCAUUACAAGCGCCGGUUUCUCUGAGCUAAGGGUAUUAUCACAACAAGAUCGUUUUACAUGAAAUUUGCUUUGUACUUCUGUGAAGUGAUUCUUUUUUACCGUUGUCAUUCAUUUGGUUUUCAUUUGUAACUAACUAUACGAAGGGAAUCUUUAUGUCCACAAGGACAACAACAAAAAUUAUUACUUCAAUUUUCGGGAGGUAAAAAUUUCAGUAUUCAAUCAAUAUAGCAUAAUAUAAUUUAUUUUGGUAUAGUUUUCUUUUUAUUUGUCCGAUUUCUAUUCGCGCGAAUUGUUCGGUCAGAAUUCCUACUGAAUUAAAAACUGUUUUAGUGGAUUGUCUAUUGUUUGAUGGAAAAUUUUUAUAUACUUUUAUUUUCCAAUGUUUUGUGAUUAUAAAAUGAAAAUUGCCCAGUGUUCGUUAGUCAAUAGAUUAUUGGGAUAAUCAAAUGCCAAGUGUAUAUUGUGGUGUAUUUUUAUAUAAAUAGUGCAGGUUUGUACAUACUGCUACAUUUUAAGCUAAUAUUAUGCAGAAUAAAUAUCUAA